UACUUUCUUAGAUAUAUUUUAUUUUCACCGUUACGUCACUUUAACUGUACUCAUUCAGAUAUACAUGUUUACGUAAUAUCGUGGAGUGCGCCUACUUUCAAUGGUGAAAUCUCUUCUGUUAAGUUAGCCUCUUUAUUGAAAUAAGAAGAGCAAUCUCAUUUGAAAGUAAAGCUUCGUUUCGUUUUACAAUCCUAUGUUAUUUCGAAAUAAAUUAUUGAAAAAUGGCUCCUAUUAAUGAUCCAAAACAAUUAUUGCCGGACAUUGAUAACUACAUAAACAAUAACGAUGUUAUGAUGUUUAGUAAAACUUAUUGCCAGUACUGUCAAAAGAUUAAGCAAUUGUUCAAUUCUUUAGGAGUUAAAUACUUUGCCUUGGAGUUGGACACUUUAGAGCAUGGAUCCCAAAUGCAGCAAGCUAUGGCCUUGAGAACAGGCCGGAGUUCUGUUCCUCAAGUAUUUAUAAAGCGAGAGCACAUAGGGGGAUGUGAUGAUACUAUGGCAGCUCACAGCAGCGGAAAACUCGAGCAGUGUUUAGCCAAGGACAUCACUGACGAGAAAUAUGAUUACGACUUAAUUGUAAUCGGGGGAGGAUCCGGAGGACUAGCUGCAUCUAAAGAAGCUGCCAAAUUAGGUAAAAAAGUUGCUGUUUUAGACUUUGUUAAGCCAACACCAAUUGGAACAACUUGGGGUCUUGGAGGAACCUGUGUUAAUGUGGGAUGCAUUCCAAAAAAAUUAAUGCAUCAAGCUGCUUUGUUAGGCCAAUCUCUUAAGGAUGCAAAGCAUUUUGGAUGGAAUUAUGGUGAUAAAGUGGAACAUGUUUGGGCAACUAUGCGAGAAAAUGUGCAGAAUCAUAUUGGAUCCCUUAACUGGAAUUAUAAAGUGCAAUUAAGAACUGAACAAGUAAAGUACUUGAAUGCCUCAGGAGUCUUUGUUGAGGAUCACAAAAUUAAGGCUAUUGACAAGAAAGGAAAGGAGACUCAUAUGUCUUCCAAGAAUUUUAUUAUUGCCACUGGAGAGAGACCAAGGUAUCCAGACAUUGAAGGUGCCAAGGAAUAUGGCAUCACAAGUGAUGAUCUUUUCUCUUUGGAGAAAAGUCCUGGAAAAACUUUAGUUAUUGGAGCUUCAUAUGUUGCGUUGGAAUGUGCUGGAUUUAUAGCAGGCAUUGGGUUAGAUGUCACUGUUAUGGUCCGUUCUAUCUUGCUUCGAGGCUUUGAUCAAGACAUGGCUGAAAGAAUUGGCAACUACAUGCAAGGGGAAGGCAUAAAAUUUCUUAGACCUUGUGUUCCUACAAAGAUUGAGAAAAAUGAAUCAGCUGAACACAUGUUAAGAGUAACUGGAAAAAUGGAAUCAGGUGAAGAAAUUGCUGAUGAAUAUGAUACAGUAUUAUUUGCUAUUGGUCGUGAUUCCUGUACUACUGGAAUUGGAUUAGAAACUGUUGGUGUAAAAGUUAAUCCCAAAAAUGGUAAAAUUCCUGUCGUGAAUGAACAAACUAAUGUUCCAUACAUCUAUGCAAUUGGUGAUAUUUUGGAGGGAAAGCCAGAAUUGACUCCUGUUGCAAUAGAGGCAGGAUUGCUGCUUGCUCGUCGAUUGUAUGGAGAUAGUUCUACCCAGUGUGAUUACAAUAAUAUUGCAACUACUGUGUUCACUCCUUUGGAGUAUGGAUGUAUUGGAUUUUCUGAAGAAAAAGCAAUAGACACCUAUGGAGAAGAAAAUAUUGAGGUCUACCAUUCCAACCUAACACCUCUCGAGUGGACUGUAGCACACAGAGAAGGAAAUGUUUGUUAUGCAAAACUAAUAUGCCUUAAAACUGAUAAUGAAAAGGUAAUAGGAUUUCAUUACUUGGGACCAAAUGCUGGAGAAGUCACUCAAGGAUUUGCGUUAGGCAUGAGAUUAGGUGCUACAAAAGCUGACUUUGAUGCAACAAUAGGAAUCCAUCCAACAUGUGCUGAAAUAUUUACUACAAUGUCAGUGACCAAAAGCUCUGGGAAAUCUUCUCUUCAAGCUGGUUGCUGAGGUUAAGUCCUACUGUUGCCUAAAGAAGGGUUUUUGUGGCUCAAAACUGUAGAAUGUUUUUAACCGUGCGAGCAUUCUCUUUUACGAGUGUAUCAGCAAAACCCUUCGGCAGCAGUAGGUGAUUAAGAUGCUAACUUAUAAUGAAUUAGGAUUUUUAAAAUGUUAUGACGGCUCUUCUGCAAACCAUUGCAUUGGUGGGAAGAUGCUUGAUGUUCCCUAAUUUCAUUAUUAGUUUAAAGAUGUAAGUGAUAAGUACCUGUUUGUGAUGAUUAGAUGCAAGAAAAUUUUUUGUCAUUAAAUGUGAUACAUCUAUAACUUAAUUCUUAAAUUAUUUAGUAAUUUCCACCACUUUUUAUUUAAUUCUAGCAUUUGUGUUGUCUUCUUGUUAAAAAGUUAUUUUGUAAAAUCAACCAAAGUUUCAUAUCUUUGUAAUUGUUAGAACUCUUUGCAACCUUUUGAAUUUUUGCUAAGAUCAUUGUUGAUUAAAUAAAAUCUUUAGAUUUUUA